UUUCGAGUCGGCUUGCAAUCAAACAUCAAAGUGUAUAAAACUUUAAAAACUUUAGCACUUUUUCAUACGUACAUAACAUUCAGGAAGAAACUUGUGAAUUUUCUCUGUGAUUUGUAUUCAUUAAAAUGCCUUUCUGGACGUCCUUUGGCUUUCCUGUAGUUAGGGCCGAUGAUGACGAAGAUGCUGAACUUGUUGAUCCCCAGCAGGCUUUGAGGGAGAAAUGCCAAACAAAGAACCACAUCGAAGCCUUGUAUAAGAAAUACGAAGAAUGUAACGAUCGUGUUAAUGGUCGCUCAAAGACAACUGAAACUUGCAUGGAGGAGCUAUUCGACUAUGUUUCCGAAUUGGAUCACUGCGUGGCCCACAGCCUCUUCUCCAAGCUCAAGUAGUUUAGAAAAUGAUGCAGCGUUAUAUUCGUAACACAUGAAUAAAUGCCACAAUCGUUUGAAUAAAAAUGAUUAAAAAAGAUUAGAAAUUAAAGCCUUACCAUGU